AACUCUGUAAAAGAAAACCCUUACUGCAGAGAAAAGGGAAGCACGGAGAAGAGGUAACAAAUCAAACAAGCAAGGAACCGAGAAGAAGAAGAAGAAGAGAAUAAAAAUCAAAGGAAGAAAUGCCAGAUAACAAGGAAAUUGUGCCGCCGCAGUACGACGUUAACGCCAAAUGGGACGCCUGUCUCGAUCUGACGGUUCGUCGCUUUGUUUACUCUUCCCUUGCCGGUGCUUUCGGGGGUCUCCUCUUUUUCAGGAGUCCUGUGACUCGAUGGGCGACUGUAGCUUUUGGUGCUGGAGUGGGUAUUGGAUCUGCUUAUACUGAGUGUUCUCGGAUUUUUGAUGCAUCACGGGAAAAUUUGGCCUCUCCAAAGAUUGCUGACGCUCUUGCACCUCAGGGCCAGGACUGAGAGAUGAUGUUAUUGAAACCACCCGCAAGUUGAGUGGGUUUAAAAAAAUCAAGGUUUUCAAAUUCAGAUUGUUGUUGGCCUUUUUUCCCCAUGGAAUAGCUUUUUGCGUAUGUAGCACAAACAUUUCUUCAGAUGGGUAAACAUUUGACCUGCUAUAAUGCAAAUCUGAAAGAACUUCUAUUUUCUUUUGUUCUGUAAUUCUGUAAUCGAGUAAAUCUGAGGGAAAAGAGAAAAUAAUAAUUCCUUGUGCCUUUAGCCCUGAAUUGCCUUUGUGCCAAUCUUUGGAAAAAGAAAAUCACAUAGGAAAAUUGAUGUCUGAGAUUGUGUAGUGUGGAAGCUUCUGCAUUGAAUUACAAGUAUUCAUCUCCCUAUGAACGUGAUUUGUAGAUUA